AUGGAGAGACGCACUGCAGAAAGUCCAAUGGACUUCGAAUGGCAGACUCGAGCUCCUGGAGAUAUCACUUCGCCAUUUUAUCAGCUUGGUCUGCAACAUGAUAAUCAGAAAAAGUCAUUUGUAUUUGACUCCCCGCUGAAGAAGCAAUCUGCUCCGACACAAUCGUUUAAUUUCUCGCAACCAUCUCCGCAGCGUAAUGGAUCACCGAACCGGCCAGAUGCGAUCUUUGGCAAAUCUUCCUUCCAGACCCCUCGCAAGUUCGAUCUAGACUUCUCUUCUGGCGCAGAGAACAUGUCCUCGCCUGAAAACGCCGAUAAUGAAGGUACUCCUGAAUCGAUACAGGUCAACAAGAAUGAAAGACGAAAUUCAUUGUUUCGGUUCUACGGUCGAUUUGCGCCUAGUCCUGGAAGAGGAGAAAUUCCUCGCGUGACAAAUCACAAAACUGACCACGCGCGGAGGAUUCAUAAACGCAAGAUACGUGAUCGUGAUAUAAACCGGCAUUUACGCAGAGAUAGUGAUUACGAUAGUGAUCGACCUAGUAGCCGGGAAGAAGCGCAGCAACUGUCCAAAUUUGAGACCAAAAAGUUCGAGCAGACACCGUCGCCGUCGCUACCACCUCAGGGUUCCACAUGGGCACACUUCUUUGCCUUUCUCGAUGAACAUCCCAAUCUCCCAGCGAUUUUAUCUUAUUGGUUACAGCUGGUCUGGAACCUGGUUCUGUUUUCACUGGUGACGUGGGUUGUCGUUUCGUUCGUUCUGACGAUCAAACAAGAUAUCGAUCACGCGGCGGAUGCGAAGAGGAACGACAUACUUACUGAGAUAUCGACCUGCAAGGAGUUUUACAUUCAAAACAGCUGCAAUCUCGCUAGUCGACCGCCGGCAUUGAACGAGGUUUGCAAUAAUUGGGAACGGUGUAUGGAUCAGGAUCCGAACCGGGUGGCACGCGCGACGGUCUCUGUGCAGACCAUCUCAGCUAUAAUUACUGGUUUUGUUGAUGCGAUCAGCUUCAAAGCAUUCUCUUACUUUCUCUUAACAAUCACAACCAUUACAAUCGCCAGCAACUGGUCUUUCAUUGCAUUACGACACCAAUAUACGAAAAAAGAAGAUCGACGCCCAUACCCCAACUCUCAACAUCCACAAGGACAACCUUCUUAUCAGCAUCGACAAGCUCCUCCAGUUUCGUAUGCUGCUGACGGUAAUCAGUACCCACUGGAAUAUCCCAAAACACCCGGCCGUGGCGAGGAGAGUCCCUCACGUCGUCAACGAAACUAUCAGGACGAUGAUGAGGAUAAUGACCGGCAAUCACGUCGUCUGCUUCUUGAGAAUACACCCUCGCGGGAUAUGGCUUUUGUGACUGGUCGAUCUAGAGAGCGCGAGCUACAUGCGCGUACGCCUAGUCCGUCGAAGAGGGAGAGGUGGAUGUAGUUCAUCGAUUCUCUGUCUUUUCUUUUCUUUUCUUUCUUCUUUCAGCAAUUCAUCUGACUAUUUUACUGCCUAUACCAGACAAGUUUGGUGCUACCUCUCUUUUUGGUUUGUUAUUAAUUUGCAUUGGCAAGGCCGGGUACAGGAAUACUAGCAUAGGAUAUGGGUUGAUAGGUGUACUAUUUUACGGCUUUGUGUUUUUUCUCAUGUAACUAUUCAUGUAUAUAAUAUUUGAACAAUAUACCAUUAAUCAAUUAUUUUGACUAUAUC